AAGCUUUUCUAACUUUCCAGAAGUUUCUCCGGACGGGCUGGAGGCGGGGACGCCAUAUAUAGGGCUGGGGUUAGGCCGAGCGGCAGGGAGUGGAAUCCGUCCGCGGCUCCGGUGCGCAGGUCCUCCUUCCCGGAGCCAGCCCGGCAGGCCCAGCCCUCACAGGUCCUUCGUGGCGCACACGUUCCGCCUCCCAACCAUGCGCUCCCUCCUGCUCGCCAACACCUUCUGUCUCGUGGCCAUGGCCGUGGCCCUGGCCGCCGAGGUGAAGAAACCUGAGGCUGCAGCUGCCCCUGGCACUGCUGAGAAGCUGAGCCCCAAGGCAGCCACACUGGCUGAGCGCAGUGCUGGCCUGGCUUUCAGCCUCUACCAGGCCAUGGCCAAGGACCAGGCGGUGGAGAACAUCCUGUUGUCACCCCUGGUGGUGGCCUCCUCGCUGGGGCUCGUGUCGCUAGGCGGCAAGGCAACCACUGCCUCUCAGGCCAAAGCGGUGCUGAGUGCCGAGCAGCUACGUGACGAAGAGGUGCACACAGGCCUGGGUGAGCUGCUGCGCUCGCUCAGCAACAGCACCGCACGAAACGUCACCUGGAAGCUGGGCAGCCGCCUGUACGGGCCCAGCUCCGUGAGCUUUGCAGAGGAUUUCGUGCGCAGCAGCAAGCAGCACUACAACUGCGAACACUCCAAGAUUAACUUCCGCGACAAGCGCAGCGCCCUGCAGUCCAUCAAUGAGUGGGCCUCGCAGACCACCGAUGGCAAACUGCCCGAAGUCACCAAGGAGGUGGAGCGCACAGAUGGCGCGCUGCUGGUCAACGCCAUGUUCUUCAAGCCACACUGGGAUGAGAGGUUCCACCACAAGAUGGUGGACAACCGAGGCUUCAUGGUGACCCGCUCCUACACCGUGGGUGUCACGAUGAUGCACCGGACAGGCCUCUACAACUACUACGACGACGAGAAGGAGAAGCUGCAGAUCGUGGAGAUGCCCCUGGCCCACAAGCUCUCCAGCCUCAUCAUCAUCAUGCCGCACCAUGUGGAGCCCCUCGAGCGCCUUGAGAAGAUGCUGACCAGAGAGCAGCUGAAGACCUGGAUGGGCAAGAUGCAGAAGAGGGCUGUUGCCAUCUCCCUGCCCAAGGGUGUGGUGGAGGUGACCCACGACCUGCAGAAACACCUGGCCGGCCUGGGUCUGACUGAGGCCAUCGACAAGAACAAGGCCGAUCUGUCACGCAUGUCGGGCAAGAAGGACCUGUACCUGGCCAGUGUGUUCCACGCCACGGCCUUCGAGUGGGACACAGAAGGCAACCCCUUCGACCAGGACAUUUAUGGGCGCGAGGAGCUGCGCAGCCCCAAGCUUUUCUACGCCGACCACCCUUUCAUCUUCCUGGUUCGAGACUCCCAGACCGGCUCCCUGCUGUUCAUUGGGCGCCUCGUCCGGCCCAAGGGUGACAAGAUGCGAGACGAGUUGUAGGGGCCUGGGGCAGGCGUGGGAUGGCGGGAGGCAGCUGCAGGCUCCCGAAACACAUGGGUGCUAUGGGGGUGGGGCGAGCUGAGGUACUGACCUUGGGUGUUCCGUGGGGUGGGUGGGCGGGGGAACAGCAGGCUUUCCUGUGUGUCUGGACGGAUCUUCCCAGCCGGGGUUCACUCUGCUUGGACGCGGGCUCCCAGAUCCCAUGGCGCUAAGCCCAGCCCCACGUCCUGUGGGGCCUGGGCAGUGUCGUCGUGCCCCACCCUCCCGUCCUGGAUCAGUGUUCGUAUUUAUAGCCAAGUGCUCUCUCCCCUGUGAGACAGAAUCAAGCUGGGGUUUAGGCAAGCCCUCACGGAAUGUGGACCCUCUUUCUUGACACUACCACCACCUCAGCCCCCACCCCAGCUCUGUCCCAGUCUCCUCUCAACUAUAAAACUAGGUGCUGCUGCCUCUGGGGUAGGCACUCCCCACAGGAGCCCUGGCCCCAGUUGGGGGGAUCAAGAAAUACUUAGGGGGGGUGCUCCUGGGCAGACUCCGGUCAAGCAUCAUGGAAAUAAACUUUUUCUUCCUUUAAUAGAUUUUCAAAGAUGGGGAGGGAUGGGAGAAAAUGAGCCUUUGUUGCUGUCAAACCAAAAACUUAUUUGUACAAUUAUUUUUUUUCAAUAAAACUUUUCCAGUGAGA